UCUCUUAUCUCUUCAUAUCUUCCUCUCAUUCCUACUACACUGCUACACUCCCACAGUACUAUCCUAAGUAGAAGAUGGCCCUGCAAUUGCAGGCACCCUCAACAAGAAGCCAUCUAGCACCGCCAUCUCCAUUAGCAGCUCCGAAGGGCAAUGUCGGCCUACGGCGACCGUGGGAUCGUUUUGCUCUAAAGUCCUCCUUCUUCUCCUCAUCACAUAGCCUAUUGCUGCUUUCUCCUAAGCAACAGCAAAAGUCUCUUGCUUCUUCUGCCGCACCCAAGUUCUCCAUGCGUGUUGCCUCCAAGCAAGCCUAUAUUUGUCGCGAUUGCGGGUAUAUAUACAAUGACAGAACUCCUUUUGAGAAGUUGCCUGACAAGUAUUUCUGCCCUGUCUGUGGUGCUCCCAAACGGAGGUUUAGGGUAUAUCAGCCUCCGGUGACCAAAGAUGCAAACAGCAAAGAUGUCCGAAAGCAACGAAAGGAAGAGUUGCAGAGAGAAGAAGCAAUUGGGAAGGCACUGCCUAUUGCUAUUGUAGUGGGAGUUGUGGCACUUGUUGGAUUAUACUUCUACAUUAACAUCGGCUUUCAGGGCUAGAUAGUUUCAUAGUAGCUGCUAGGCUUUCAGGGAUAGAUAGUUUCAUAGUAGCUGCUACUGUAACAUCAAAUGGAUUGGGCACAAUCAUUUGUAUAAUUUCAUUUGAUACAUAGAACCAUAUCUUUCUCUUCAA